AUGGAGAUCCUCCAUGUCGAUGAAGAUCUGAAUGCCGUUUUUGUUUGGGAUGGAACUGAUGCACCCCCAGUAUCUAUUCUAGCAAAACUAGAUCAAUCAUGUGUUGGUAUCAUAUACUCAAGGGAAACUCUGAGAAUAGAUAAUUUUGCUUCGGUUUUUGGUCAAAUCUCGGGUCUUGAUCUCGAGAUCAAGCUGGUUGUGGGUUGGGGUUCGGCUAGGAGUCCUGGCCUAGUUGAAGAAGGGCUGGUUGUGCUUGGGUUUAAGUGGUUUGGUUUUCGGAUCUGUUGGUUCCCUCCUUCUCUCGGUUCUGGUUUCAAGUCGGAGCUUUUCCCCUUUCUUCGGCCUUGGAGGUUUUCGUGGCUACAUGUUAGCAGAGAGAUGGAACGAUCCCCAUUGGUUUACCAAUACCGCAGAAGGAGAUUGAGGAACCGAAAGACCAAGCCAAACCAAAGCGGUACUGACAUGGUUAAGGAUCAGAAUAAGUCGGCUUUGGAUAAGAACAAGGCAACGGCAACAUGA